AUGCGUUUCUCUGUUACCGUAGCUGCGACUGCAGCUCUUGCUGCAUUGCCAGCGCUCGGCCUGAACAUCCUCAUGGGCAACGAUGACGGCUUUGGUGCUGCUCAACUUCGCGAGUUCUACCGCCUCCUCAAGGCUGAAGGCCACAACAUCGUAGUCGUUUCAGAAGCCGAUAACCAGAGUGGUAUGGGUGGCAGAGCCGUCUUCACAAACAAUGCAUCGCUUGCACGAAACAGCGAAUACGGCCUCAUCAAGGCUGCCGCUACCGCUUUCGUGGGCCUCGACUAUGUGAUUCCCAACUUCACAGACUUCAAAGAGCCAGAUCUGGUUGUACCUGGACCGAACUUCGGUACGAACUUGGGACCAUUCCUUUACACACUCUCCGGUACUGCGGGAUAUACCUACGGAUCUGUCGGUCGUGGCUACCCAGCUAUUGCUUUCUCCGGUGGGAACAGCGAACAACGGUCGUACCAAUGGAUCAACAAGACCACCGCUUCAGGUCACCCAGACCCAGCCACCAUCCAGGCUCAACUCGCCGUCAAGGUCGUCCAAGCUCUCGUCAAGAACACCAAGAAGGGCGAGCGUUUGAUGCCUCUCGGCUACGGCAUCACUGUCAACACUCCAUUCAUUACCUCCCUCACCAACGAUAGCUGCAUCAACCCACCCUUCGUCCAGACGCGCUUGACUGGCGGUGCCGAUUACGAUCUUGCAGUCUUCAACAAGACCAGUGGGCUUUUCACGUAUGCCAAUAUCGUGCCUGAGGGUGGCAAUGUCUGCAUCAAUGGCGACUGCAGCUUGCCAGGCGAGACGGAGGUCCUGAACAAAGGAUGCCAGAGCUCAAUUUCGGUGUUUACUGUCGAUUAUGAUGCGCCAAUUGGAUCGGCGCAGACUCAUAUUCGCCAUAAGUUCAACUCUAUUGGGCCGUAUAAUGGUACCGGCGAAGGUAAUAAGACUGCACCAGGAUAUGGCAAUGGGGGGCAUGGUAGUAUGCCAUGGGGAUACCAGUCAAAUGGCACUAGGCACCAUUGGAGUGCUAGGUGGAACCUGGAGGACUAG